UUUUUUUUUUUUAUUGGUUUGGGUGUUAAAUCAUCAUCUCUGGGUGGAUCCGAGAAUUCAAUCAAUCAAUCUGGGUGAUGAGAUGAUGAUAUUAAUGGGUUUUUUUAAUUCAUCAUCCUUGAAUGUUUUACUACUUCUCGUUAUGUUUCUCAGCUUCCUCCUUCUUGUCCAAUCACAACAACAACAAGAACAACCUCAAUUUCAAUCUCCACCUCCUCCGUCGCCUCCGCUUCUUAAUUCAUCACCACCACCACCGCCGCCGCCUCAAUUGCUUCAAUCUCCGCUGACUCCGCCUCAGGUCAACACGCCUUCUCCUCCUCCUCCUCCUUCACAAUCCAACGUUGGAGAUAUAACUCCUCCUAAUUCUCCGCCGCCGCCUCCUCCACCGCCUUCUUCAUCUCCUCCGCCGCCGAAACCCUCUCAUCCUCCUCCUCCUCCGCGUGCGCAAGCUUCUUCUCCUCCGCAAUCUAACAGCAGAAACCACCAACCACGGAGGUUACGGCCGCCAUCUCCUCCUCCUCCUUCUAGGGUCUUCAAGCAAACAGAGAAGAGAGGAUUGAAUACAGGGAAAACAGUGGGUCUAGUAUUCGCUGGGUUUGCAGCAAUGUUGCAGAUUUGCGUUGCUGCCUUCUUGCUUUUCAAGAGAAAGCAGCUUCUCCGGAUGACUCAUACUUAUUGAUUUUUUUUUUGUGAAGAGAGAGGAGACCAGAGAAACAAUCUUACUGAGUUUUCAUCAUACUUUUGAGAGACGAGGAGAAAAGCAUCAAAAAAAAACACGAAAGGAACUCAAUUUGAUCAGCCCUUUUCCUCUGUAAAUUUGGGUCGGUGUAGUUUUUCGUUUUACAUUGCCUAACGAUGCUAACUAGAGAGAUUGAACAGAGAGGUUUGGAAAAGAAAGAAAAAAAAUGGCUCAAGUCAAGUCAUGUAAAAUUUGUUCUUUAGGGAUUCUGUGAGAUGAAAACCGAUUAUCUAAUUUCAUUCUUGUGAGUUGGCUAA